AUGCGCCAUUUCGGCAAAGCUUUGACAGCUUUCGCGGCCUGUGCAGGGCUGGGCGUUGCUGCCCCUUCUUCUUCGGCUCAAAUAAACCCUCGAGAGGUCUCGCCACAAUUCCUUCAACAGCUCACGCUAUACGCCCAGUACGCGGCAGCGGCAUACUGCUCCGCCAACACCAACUCUCCGAAUACGAAGCUUACCUGCUCAGUUGGAAAUUGUCCUCUUGUCGAGGGAGCGAACACCAAGACUUUGGCCGAGUUUGAAGAAGCUGAAUCCUUUGGCGACGUAGCCGGGUUCCUCGCCGUAGACGAAUCCAACAAGCAUAUCGUUCUCUCCUUCCGAGGAACCAGAUCGAUAGAGACCUGGGCUGCCAACGUCCAGCUCGCAAAGGAGGAUGUCGACGAACUCUGUGACGGGUGCGAAGUGCAUACCGGCUUCUGGAAGUCAUGGGAGUCGGUAGCUACCGCUACGAUGAAUGGCGUGAAGAAGGCCCUUCAGGCUUAUCCUGGGUUCAAGCUUGCCGUGACCGGGCACAGUUUCGGUGGUGCGGUUGCGACUCUUGCGGCGACUGUUCUGCGGAAUUCGGGAUCGAUGGUUGAGUUG